AUGGCUCCCGAUCUCAACUCUCUAACCCCUUCCUCGGUGAUUCCCAACACCGCUCCCACCACGCCCGCCGUCAACGGCACCCGAGGCACCAAUGGCGCUGCUUCCAGCCCGGCCGGCCCCUCGGGCGCCAAGAAACCCAAUAUCCUGUACAUCAUGGCCGACCAGCUCGCCGCUCCUCUUCUGAAGAUGUACAAUCCCAAGUCCCAGAUCAAGACGCCCAACCUCGACGCCUUAGCCGCCAAUGCCGUACAGUUCGACUCAGCCUAUUGUCCCUCGCCGCUCUGCGCGCCCUCGCGCAUGAGCAUGAUUACCGGUCUCUUGCCUCUCAAGAUUGGAGCCUACGAUAACGCCGCGCAAAUCUCCAGUGACAUCCCUACCUACGCCCAUUACCUACGCCUUGCUGGUUAUCAUACCGUGCUGGCCGGCAAGAUGCAUUUUGUUGGCGACCAGCUUCACGGCUACGAGACGCGGCUUACUUCGGACAUUUAUCCCGGCGAUUUCGGUUGGGUGGUGAACUGGGAUGAGCCUGAUACGAGGCUGGAGUGGUACCAUAAUGCGAGCUCCAUCUUGCAGGCUGGUACUUGCGUGAGGAGCAACCAGCUUGAUUAUGAUGAGGAGGUUCUGUAUAAGUCGACUCAGUUCCUGUAUGACCAUGUUCGGGAGGGCCCAGACGCCCGACCCUUCUGCCUUACUGUGUCUCUCACUCACCCCCAUGACCCCUACACCAUUGAGGAAAAGUACUGGGACCUAUACGAGGGCGUCGAUAUUGAACUCCCCGAAGUCCGCAUUCCCAAGGAUCAGCAGGACCCUCACAGCAAGCGCCUUCUCAAAGUGUGUGAUCUCUGGGACGAAGACUUUACCGACGAGCAGAUCAAGACGGCGAGGAGGGCAUACUACGGUGCCGUCAGCUACGUGGACGAGUGCAUCGGUCGUCUCCUAGACACUCUUAAGCGAUGCCGUCUCGACGAAAACACCAUCAUUGUCUUCAGCGGCGACCACGGCGACAUGCUCGGCGAACGUGGCCUUUGGUACAAGAUGAGCUACUUCGAGAGCUCCGUCCGCGUGCCCCUUCUUAUCCACGACCCUAAAAAUUACACACCCCACCGUGUCACCGCCAACGUGUCCACUCUCGAUAUCCUCCCCACAAUGUGCGACCUCGUCGGCACCAAGCCCAUCGAUGGCCUCCCGCUCGACGGCAAGUCCCUCCUGCCCCACCUCCAGGGUAGGCCCGGUCACGACAAGGUCUACGGCGAAUACACGGGCGAGGGCACCAUCAGCCCUCUCGUCAUGAUUAAAGAUGGGCCCUGGAAGUACAUCUACUGCCCCACUGACGGAACGCAACUUUUCAACCUCGACCGGGAUCCUCAGGAGCUCAUCAACCUCGCGCUCCUGCUGCAGAAGACGGAGCCGCGCACUGCCGAUGAAGAGGAGGCCAAGGCUAAGCUGGACGAGUUUGAGGCCGAGACGGCUUCGAGGUGGGAUUUUGAGGCGGCGAGUAAGCUGGUGCUAGAGUCGCAGCGUAAGAGGAGGUUGGUGUGGUCUGCCCUGAAGUUGGGACGGUUUACGAGCUGGGAUCAUGACCCGAUUGAUGAUGGCCGUGAAAAGUAUAUUCGCUCGCAUAUUCCUCUCGACGAUCUCGAGCGACGAGCACGGUACCCCGCUGUUGACAAGUAUGGUCGCGAGACGGCCAGGGUUCUUGUUGACCAAGCUGGCUCCCACGGCGAGUAA